GCUUGGAGCAACGAGAAAAUGUACAGUGUUUAAUACCCAGUCCAUGAAGCCUACCUUGAUGAGUGGCGCUGUCAUCUUCGAGAUCGAUGCUCUGGAAUUCAACCCUGGCUUCGUAUUAUCUGAGUCUGGAAGACUCAGUUCGCCCUCAUACUCGCCCAAACGCCAACCCCACACCGAGGACGAAAUACACCUCCAGGCAUUUUCAGCGUGAGCCAUCAAUGCGCAACUCGUAACCAAGAACAGGACGUUGGCUACUUCUAAUCACCAGUGCGAGCACAGCGCGUCGGAUUCCCUUGUGAAUUUGCACCUCGAUUUUUGAAUGUUCAUUUCUAGCUGCUGGAAGAGCUUCGGGUCUUAAAAUGGAGAUUUCACGGAGGAUUUCCACUCCAUGCGGCGUAUUGUAGACGUGCAUUCGUCCCACACACAGAGAUCUUGAAGCAAAGUGUCACAUGCACUCGGCCAAUGCAGUUUUGUAGAAAUGUAACAGUCUGUACAUACCACAUCCAGCUUUUGACCCAGCGUGAUCGUGGCAAGAUUACAGUGAUGAUAAGAUUCUACUAAAGAGUAAAAUGAGACUGUGAAACACUGCCAAGGUGAUCGCCAUGGCGAAUAUGUACGAGAAAGUAGUAGAGGUCAUAUCAGCCGCUCCUGCCGAUCGAGACGAUAUGGAUAUUGACAUACUCCUACCGUGGUUUCGACGCAAAGCUGAGCUGUUCAUCUCCAUGGGAAAUGAUGUCAUCAGAGAUAUAAUAAAAAACUGCGAAUUUCGUAGACACAAGGCCGAUGACGUCAUUCUAAGACAAGGAGAUAAGGGACAUAGUUUCUUCGUUGUCCUGAAUGGCUCGAUAUCUGUUUACAUUGCUUCGGAUGCGGACGCGGAUGGGGACGAGGAUGAAUCCACGCCUGUCUUCACUGAGACCCAGAAUGCACCACGGCAUGCAAUGGAGGAGCUAGGGGUAUGCGUCAGAACCCUGGGCCCGGGAUCCAGCUUUGGUGAAUUGGCGCUGAUAGAUUCCGGAAGUGUUCGGAAAGCUUCGGUAGUCGCCAACGAGCCUUCGGAUUUCAUCGUGGUCGAUCGGGAUUUGUACAGCAGAUCACUGAAGUUCGCCCAAAAACGAGAUCUGGAAGAGAAGACAGAUUUUGUCAAUGAUCAUCCACUAUUCAAGGCCUGGAAAUCUCGUCACAAAUCAGUCCUCGCUAUGAGUCUGACUCGCAAGAGGGCGCUGUUUGGUAAUCGACUCGCCCAGCAGGGGUGUCCAGUAUCGGGUGUCCUCUUUGUUCUAAGAGGUCAAGCAAAGGUUUCCAUUGCUCCAUGGAAACAACCUCAUCGCCAACUUUUGAACAGGAAACUACCAAAGCCGACACACGACACAAGCGACGCGCCCAACGACAUUGCCGCUAAAGCAAAGAUUGCCCCGUACAACAUGAAUUUUGACGUUUAUUCCAUCGGCCCCGGGGAUAUGAUAGGGGACAUAGAAAUUUGUUGCGACCUCAGUGACCAUGCGCAGACUGUCACGUGUUUGGGAGCUUUGGAGGCAUUUGAACUCGAUUUAGACAACUUUCACAAGUUGAUAACUAAGAAGAAUCCGAUGACAUUGGACCAACUGCGAAUGGAAACCAAGAUGAAACUUAUCGCACGCGCUUUGAGAGCACAAAAUGAAGGCCUGACAUCCGUGUUGGACGCUCUUCUGAAGAAAAUCUCCCUAGAUGAAAACGAACCGCUGAUUUCGAUUCAAGAAGACACGCGCUAUGACCUUUGGAUGACCCAGCGAGGACCAAUCAUCGACAGCUUAGGACCAGGGUCGCUAUAUUAUCGAACAAAACGAUUGGAUGAAAAGCUUCGGCGGAGGAAAGAAAGGCGGGAACAGAGAGAAAAUGGCGGCGAUGGAAACAUCGUGGUGGAGGAGAACCAACAGAAUACAAAACUUCCAAAUCUGAAUCUACCCAAGAUUCCUGCCACUUCUGAUGACAACAGUGAACGCAACGACAGAAACACCGAGACCCGAAAACAAAGAACUGUUUUGCCUGCGACAUUUCAGGUCAACAGAAUCUUAAACACAACUGUGGAACAAAAAACACUUGCCACUGCUGUCACAAAUCCAGAAGAACAGAUAGUUCAAAACGAGUCCUCACGACUACAAGCAAUCAAAUCAGCUGCAAGAGGGCGUGAAAUGUGUAAUAGCAUGCAACAGUCGUCGUCAAAGCGUAUUACGUUUGAAAAGGGGGCAGCACAGCACAAAGCGACGGUUACUAGGCAACAUCCCUUGAAUGCACCUGGUAUCAUCCCAAGUUAUCUACAUCUCCAUAACCGGUACCUCCGAGCGAGGCAAACAAGCCAGUCCUCGCUUAUAGAUCGAUGGGUGAGAUCUGCUCCAACAGUGGACUACGAUACGGUCGGACUCGAGGGAUUAACAGAAUUACAGGUUCUGAGACGGCAGUACAGCGCGGAUGAAUACAAGAGUCUGAAGGAGAAACUGAGGCUCCAAGAAAAGCGACACGUCCGCUACCUGUCUUCACUCUGGUGACAGAGAGUAGUGCCUGAAACCAUAAUUGCGGCAUGAAGAAAGCUAAACGAUCUACAUAUGACUGAGAUGAUGUCAAGUUGCCAACGUUUGGGAGGGCGAACUAACCAUAACGAUGAGAAGUCAUGCUCUCUUAAUAAGAGCUACACGAUGAACAAUGUGUGAAGCCAUAUAUGACAACCAUUUUGUUUUAGUCUACGGCUACGUCUGAGCAUGGAGGAAUAACGUCCUCAGGAGCACAACUACAGAGUAAUGAAUAUGCAUUUUUCUGACGUUAUCAAGUAUCUCAUGCAUCACAGUGCGACUGGCGUCGUGCACUAUAAAUGCUGGGCAAUCGCGGAAAUUCCAAAGCACUUUCCUCCAGACUAAUUGCCAUAUCGCUAAUAGACUGAUGAUAAAAACACAUCCGCGGCCUUGUUCUAUGAAGUCUGCUCCUCAGUUAAGUCAUGCUCUAAAUUCAGUCUCAGAGAUAAUGCGAUGAGUCAAUUAUAUUCAUAAGGGUGCCCAGACGUUGCAAAUAUAAGCAUAUUCAUUAUGGCCCUAUUUAGGCUCCAAAGAGUAGCCGAAAGGAAGCUUCAAAUCCUCAUCCGGACACAACACUCAAAUCUGUGUCAGCGGUCAGCAUGGAAAGAAUACUGGAAAAGGAUAGUCCAAAAACAGAGUUGUUUAUUUCCUACACAUUCUGGUAAAUAAUUAAAAUCAGAUGUUACCAUAAAUGCGACAACGAUUCCACACUUACGACACUGAAAAUCAUUAACACAUAACUUGAGUAGAAAGCUGUCAACAAAAGAGACAUUUCAUUUAAAUUA